AUGCAUCUGGUGCUGGAUUCGUUGUCAGAUGAUGACGAUGAUGAUUUCUUACUCUCUGUUGCUCAUAUGGCCGUGGAUGCGGAUGAGUCCGAUGAUGAAAUAAAACAUCAUGGUUCUAUCAUAGGUCAUCGAGUACUUCGGCGAGACAGACAAGCAGGACAUCAAAGGUUGUAUCAAGAUUAUUUUUUAGAUAAUCCUACGUACGGACAUAGUUAUUUUAGACGACGGUUUCAAAUGAGGCUUACACUAUUUGUACGUAUAUGGAUAGAGCAACACGAUGAAUAUUUUGUGCAGAAAAGAAACGCUGCCGGUGUACUUGGCCUUUCUAGUCUGCAAAAGAUUACUGCAGCAUUUCGCAUGUUAACUUAUGGAGUAGUAGCUCAUGCUAUAGAUGAUUAUGUCCGUAUUGGUGAGAGUACUGCUAUUGAGAGUUUAAGAAGGUUUGUCAAUGCUGUUGUUGAGGUUUUUGAAGAUGAGUACUUGAGAUCACCUAAUGAAGAUGAUACUGCUAGAUUACUUGCCAUUGGAGAGAGUAGAGGUUUUUCUGCUGAAGGUCAAGCUCCAAAGGUGAAUUAUACCAUUAAUAACAAUGAAUAUACAAUGGGUUAUUAUCUUGCUGAUGGCAUAUAUCCCUCGUGGGCCAUAAUUGUGAAGAGCAUACCUGAACCACAAGGUAACAAGAAAAAAUAUUUUGCAACUAUCUAAGAAGCUUAAAGGAAGGACGUGGAACGAGCGUUUGGGGUUCUACAGUCUCGUUUCGCUAUCGUUAGGAGGCCAGCUCGAUUUUGGGAUCAAGACACCCUUAGGCAAAUCAUGAGGGCUUGUGUCAUUAUGCACAACAUGAUAGUUGAGGAUGAGUGCGAUGAGGAAGAUGAUUUAAACUAUAAUAGGGUGGGAGAAAAGGUGAAGAUUUCUCACGAUGAAAUACCUGAACUUGAGGAGUUUAUUAAAAAUUACAAGAAUAUAAGGGACAAAGAUAUUUAUCAGCUUCAAGAUGACCUCAUUGAGCACAUGUGGCAACAUCAUCCAGACCUCUACAAAUAA